AUGCAUCUGUCCCUAACCGCCCUCGUGGCGGUGCUCCCCGCCGUCGCGCUGGCGCAAGGUGCUUCUGGAACCGGCAAGACCACGCGUUACUGGGACUGCUGCAAGCCGUCGUGCGCCUGGCCCAAGAAGGGCAACUCGCCCAACCCGGUCAAGACGUGCGACAAGAACGACAACCCGCUCAAUGACGGCGGCAACACCAAGUCCGGCUGCGACAACGGCGGCGGCGCCUACAUGUGCUCCAACCAGAGCCCCUGGGCCGUCAACGACACGCUGUCCUACGGCUGGGCCGCCGUCAACAUCGCCGGCAGCAACGAGGCCGCCUGGUGCUGCGCCUGCUACGAGCUGACUUUCACCAGCGGGCCGGUGCAGGGCAAGAAGAUGAUUGUGCAGGCGUCGAACACGGGAGGGGAUCUCGGGAGCAACCAAUUCGAUCUUGCGAUACCCGGCGGCGGUGUGGGCCAGUUCAACGCCUGCACCCAACAAUACGGCGCGCCCGCUAACGGCUGGGGUGACCGCUACGGUGGCGUCCACUCGAAGAGCGACUGCGACAGCUUCCCGGCGGCGCUCAAGGCCGGCUGCAACUGGCGCUUCGACUGGUUUCAGGGCGCCGACAACCCGACGGUCUCCUUCCGGCAGGUGGCCUGCCCGGCCGCCAUCACGGCCAAGAGCGGCUGCGUCCGCCAGAACGACGUCAUCAAUGAGACGCCCACGAACUAG